AAAAUUACGAGAACGCAGAAACCCUAGAAGUCAUCUUCCUAUUCCCUAAUUUGGGGGUUUUCUUACCUGGUUAUGGAUUCUCUGCUUGCCACCUAUACAUCUUCAGAUGAAGAAGAAGAUCAACAACAAUCUCACCAGCACCAAAAGCCUAAACAAAAUCAAUCCAACAUCCCUUCGCAACCUACAUCCAAAUUCUUCUCGUCUCUCCCACCUCCAAAAGCUCCCCAACAACCCUUAACAGUCACUAAUCCAUCAUCUUCAAAACCCAAGAAGUUUUCACUGCCUGAAUAUCGAUCCGAUUCAGCCCUUCCACCGCCCAAUUCCUCCUCUGCAUCUUUAUUUUCUAGACUUCCUCAACCUAAAGCCGAAAGGUCCGACCCAUUCUCUUUGGACCCUAAACCUAAAAAAGUUGUUCAGUUUCGGCCACCAGUGAUGCCCAAAGUUGAAGACGAUGAUGAUGAAGAAGACGAUGAUAAAGAAGAACGAAGGAAAAAGGAUGAUUUCAUACCUCAAGCGCCUUCUGUGAAGUCGUUUUUGUCGAGUAUCCCUGCGCCGAGGAACUCGGGUUCACUGGGUGCUUUGCCUUCAUCAACAGGCAUGGGUCGAAGAUCGAUUUUGGAUGAUGAAGUACCAGCGUUAUCGAAUUCAAAUGUUGUUAAGGACACAGUUAAUAAAGCCAGUGAUGAUCAGGUAAAGUAUGAAAAUAGCUUUGUUGGCAAUGACAACUCUUCCAAUGUGAAUUUGUCUGGUGCGAGUUACGUGAAUUAUGAUAAUACUUACAAUGGCUAUGUGGGUUCGAAUGAGAAUGCGGAUGUGGCUGCAACAAGUGCAGAUUAUGCUAGCUAUGAUUAUAGUAAUUACGGAGGGUAUGAGAAUGUUGAUACGAAUCAUUCAAGUUAUGGUCCAGCUGCUCCUGCAAGUGAUGAUCAUGCAAACUAUAGUAGUCAUGAGGGUUACAGUAAUUAUGGGAACCAUGGGCAGUAUGAAAGUAAGUGGAUUGAUCGUUCUAGUGGAGAUUUGGAGCCAGAAAUUUCGGGGCCACCUAUACAAAAUGUGGCUAGGGCACCUGGCAAGAGAGGCAGGAAUGAGAUUCCUCAGGAUGUAAUCGAGGUUAGUCAGGAUGAGCUGAUGAAGAAUCGGCCUCGAGAGGACCAAGUCAAAAUGACUGGAAUUGCUUUUGGGCCUUCAUAUCAGUUGCAGCCUGCUUCUUCAGCCAAGGGGAAGCCGACGAAGCUGCACAAGAGAAAACAUCAGAUUGGAUCUUUAUACUUUGAUAUGAGAUCGAAAGAAAUGGAGCUUGCAGAGCGGCGCUCGAAAGGGUUUCUUACGAAAGCAGAAACACAAGCCAAAUAUGGGUGGUGAGAACCUUUUCCCAUUACCUGUUGUUAUCUAUUCAAGUCUACAAAGCCAAAAGGCUUCUUUGCCUGCUGGCUACUCUUCCUUCAUGUUUUGCCAUCACACUUGUUAAAAGGCAACAACUUUUUCAUAUGUUGAUUUUGUGUAAACAUUUUUUUCUUUAAAUGAAGAAGGCUUGCAAAGAUUUUUGCUU